AUAAUAAAGGAAGGUGUUGAGAAAUGAAAACAAUAAGAACUCGAGUGAAUGCUUCAUCUAUCUCUCUCUAUAUAUCUUUCUAGUUUCUUCUACUCUAAUCAUAUCUAAAUCCCAUAAUCCAUAUCCUUCCCGGUUAAUCUCUCCAUCAUGACGACUAAGAAAAUUGAGAUCAAAGUGGAUAUCGACUGUGAGAAAUGCAAACGUGCAAUCAUGGAGGCCGUUGCAGAGCUAGAAGGUGUGAAUCAUGUUUCACUGGAUCAAGAGAAGAGCAUACUAACCGUGGUGGGUACUAUGGAUCCGGUAUGCGUAGCAGAACAGCUUAAGAAGAUUAAACAGAAACCAGUAGUUAUCAGUGUUGGACCACCGAAAAAACCAGAUCCAAAACCAGACCCCAAGAAGGAUCCUUGUUUCCCUUACUACUACUACACCCCCUGUGACAUGGUAACAGUUAGUAGCUAUGAGAGCGGAAGCGGCUGCACCAUUGUUUAAAUCCUGUCUCCAUCUCUUAUAUAGUCUUCAUGUAAAAUCUUGUAAUCUUUAGUCAGUAAAAUAAUUCCUUCAUGUAAACAUUUCAGUUAUUUGGCUAUGUGAUGAAUCUUUGUGUUAUUGGCACCCCUCCUGUUAUCUGAAACUAGUGCUAAUAUCAUCAUAAUUUGACGUGGA